AUGAUAAGCACCGGCCGAGGCUUAUUCACAACGGUGGUUAGCUCCGCCAAGUGCCAUCUCACAUUUCCGAGCUCCAAUCCAAUGGCGUGCAUUUCUUACGCUAUCCUCAGACUCGUCAGCCCAACUGCCGCCGCACUGCCGUCGCGGAAGUUAUCGCUCCCAAUCCUCAUCCGCCGCAAGGUAUCGGCGGCUUAUCCUGCUCUUCCCUUGUCCGAAACAGGAGAAAUAAGAAGCACCGAGCUUGUUGCCCGUGAAUACGCCGACCUCAACCUCCCCGACAGACUCUGCAAGGAGGUGGGCCAUGUUCGAAUCCGGCAGCAUGUCAAUCCUCUCAGUUCCUCUUCCAUGAUUCCUGUGGAUGUACCAGAUUGGAAUGCCGUAUAUGAGGACUCGACAUUGCCACUGAUGGUGGAUAUUGGUUGUGGCAGUGGCAGAUUCCUCAUGUGGCAUGCAAAGAGAAAUCCUGGGUUAAGGAAUUAUCUGGGAUUGGAAAUACGUCCAAAAUUGGUCAGACGUGCUGGACAUUGUGUAAAUGAACUGGGGUUGAAGAAUAUACAUUUUAUUUUUGCCAAUGCAACGGUCUCCUUCAAACAGCUCGUAUCAACAUAUCCUGGUCCCUUGGUUUUGGUAUCUAUUUUGUGCCCAGAUCCUUAUUUCAAGAGAAAACAUCAUAAAAGAAGGGUUGUUCAGAAGCCUCUGGUCGAGUCAAUUAUAGAACUUGUAGUUCCUGGUGGAAAGAUUUUCAUACAAUCUGAUGUACUGGAUGUGGCACUUGACAUGAGAAGCAAUUUUGAUGCUGAGUCGAAUAGAUUAGUACACAUUGACAGUAUUAACGGUGAUAUGCUCUGUGAUCAUGAUGGCUGGUUGUUGAGUAAUCCAAUGGGAAUAAGAACAGAGAGAGAAAUUCAUGAGGAAUUAAAAGGUGCUCGAAUCUUUCGAAGGAUGUAUCAGAAGCUAAGUUGA